AAUUAAAACUAUAGGUUUGAUUUUUAAUUCAAAAUUUAAACACAAUAUUUAAAAGAUUCAGUCAAAUAAUGAACAUAAAAUUAAUCAAGUCAAUUUUGUUACUUUCUGAUCGAAAAAAUCAACCAAAAUAAGUGCUUGUAAAUAUGGAAGGACAAGCGUUUGUUCACCGAGCGUCGGCGCCAAACUUGUUUAGGAAUAGCACAAGUAGUAGUAUUUCCGUCGACGACAGCCAAAACUUUAAGGGACCUGAAAAGCUUCGCGGUCUAAAGAGGCUAUCUGCAGUGUAUUUCCAACCACGAUUCGAUCAUCACAAUCUUGUAAAGGGAUUAUCUAGUCAAGGCGUUUACACAAAGCAAUACUAUAAAAGUUCAAAAUGGGAUCAAGAAUACUGGGUGCAUCGGGAAAAAAAUUUUCACGAUGAUGCCGAUUUGAGCCGGCAUCCUAGCUAUACUAUCAAGAAUGUUGCUUAUAAUGUCGAAUGCCAAUUACUUUAUAUGGAAGCAAAGGAAAAGUAUCAGGCACAGUUUUUGAAAGAAAUGCAACAUUUUAUAGCUUCAAAACGAAAAGUAUCGGAUCAAUAUUUUACAAAGAGAAUUCUUGCUUACACCACUUUUUGGCCACCUUUGCACUCCAAAAAAGAAUUGGAGAUUUUUAAAACAAAAUUUUUUCAAUUGACUUCUGUUCAAAGAAAACGCUUAGACUAUUUAUUAAAUAUGAAGUUAAGUGAAAUUUAAUUGGAAACGAAAAUAUGUCAGCUUAACAUUAACACCAUU